AUGCGACUUGGAGGGGUGCUUCUAGUUGGGUUCGGUGUUAGUCGAGCGGUGUGGGGAAAGGUGGUGGGCUGCACGGUCGUGAAGCCACCGGAUCUGCCACAUGUAACCGACUGGCUGGCUUUCCACGAGGCGCAGGGCGUUGAAGAAUUCCUACUGUUGUACGAAACAGGUAAUGAUCGACUGCUGGGAUAUGCGGCCAACCAACUAGACCUGCUGGCAGAAUGGCAUAGAGACCAUGGGUCCGGUGUUGGUGGCACGCGGCUGUCAGUUCAACCUACGCCCGGUGGCAACUUCAAUGCGACAGAUACCCAGGCACUUGCAUUUGCCUGUGGUAGCUACUACACUAACGCACCUCCGCGUUGGAUAUUGGGUUUGCCGGAUGUGCACACCUAUGUCUUCGUAGACGAGUUGACGUCGCACAAUCAAGUCCUCACGUUGGCAGAGGCUUUGGGUCCCCUCCCAGCACGUGUGUGCGAUGUCCAAUUACCGGUGGUCCGUGCGCCGGUCUACCCCGCCCGCGCCAGCCUGAUUCGCUACGGCAAGCACAUGGCGGAAGACCCCGCCAGCGGCUACAUCGACCAGUACUAUGACCCGCGCGACUCACCGCUUUACCGAGCUUUCGUCUCCCGUAUCCCCGACCGGCUGCUUAUGUACCCCAAAAAUGCGGCUGAGGUACAGCAACUCUGCGACAGCAUUCGAGUCAACUCUGUCCUCACCGAAGAGAUCGCCGGCCAUGAACAAAGGGGUACUGAUGCCCUCUAUGCCAGCCAGAGCACUAAGGUGCCUCUGCUGCCACCGCUCGUGACCCGGAGGGAAGAUCUGAAGAAAUUCUGCAAACUGCUCAGCACGCGAAUCCAGGAAACGGAUAUGACGACGCUUAACUAUAACCUGCUGGACAGUUUAGACGUACUGUAUACCCGACUCUGGUUCACGAUGUACCCCAGCCGGCUCCGGAACCUAUUUGUCUUUCCGAGAGUAGAUGACAAGGCGACCACGGUGACCUGGGCUUCAUACAACUGCCCCGAAGACCUCUCCUUAACCAGCAAACCGAGAAAAACCAGAAAGGCCCAACAAACCACGUCCGUCACACCUCGGUUCAGACUCAUUGCUCUGGACAUCGCCGACCGUAGCAGUCUGGAUCAUGUCAGUCCUAUUCAACCGGCAAACAAUGCAGCCUUAUAUGCCGUCGCUACCAAAGGUCUUAGAACCCUCGAAACAAGAUUACAACCGAGACCGCGCUUCAUGCGCACUCAACACCCACGACCCAACGUACCCAUCGCUAACAACAUACAUGCCAUCUGCGACGCGGGAGAUGUCUGGAGCGAACGAAAGGUUCCCUGUCCUAACACCUUCCCCUAUGUUGGCCAAGGCAUGCACAAAAUUCCCCCCGCCAGCCCCUUAUACGUCUACGGCUGGUGCAAGAAGGCACCCGCAUCCAAUUUGAGACAAGCUAAAGACUUGGCUGAGUUCCAUCGUCAGAGCCGUUCAUUUACUAGCGUCGACCAGGCCGACCUCAUCAUGUGUCCCGGCUGGCCGGAAGUAUCCUGUUGCGAUCACAUAGCAGACACGAACGUCUAUUCCCACUACGAACACAGAAUCAACACAACCCACCCUAAUCCAUGGGGAGGAUUUUCUCCCUGCGGUGACUGCCGGGUACCCAAGAACGAUAGGAUGCUGGCGGAGCGGAUGCGUGACCAGAUACUCGAACUCAACCCGGAUUGGUGA